CCAACCGUUUUCUUCAUCUUUCAAACCGUGUAUAUUGUAUAUUUUGUGCUUCUUCAGCAUUCUUCAGUUUUAUGACAUAACCUAAACUCUUAACAAUAGAAAACUCUACGAAUUCAAAAAUAUAAUUCACUCAUAAUUUUAAUUCCAUAUAUAUAUAUAUAUAUAUAUAUUAGAUAUGGUGUAAUGACAUAUGAUAAUAUGUACCUGAAACGACAUUCAAGAUCUUUUGCCAAUGGAUUUUACAGGUGCUUAUCUGAAAGUGUCCCCAAAAAAGAUGUUGAACCUACCAAAGAUGAUCUUAAACGAACGGCUGAAAACAGAAUACCUUUUUCACGUGAACUUGUUUACUUCUUAACAGCAAACCCACAUUUGAGUAGCGUUAAAAAAUAUAUUCCUCCCAGACAUUUGGCCGUCACAAGGGCCCCAGAGAAUUUAUAUUUGAUAUGCCCAAAUGUAGCAAAAAGUAUUGCAAAUAUAGUGUUUCCACAUUUAAGAUCCACAAAGAGUCAAGUAAUCGCUGAAACAAAUGCUGGCUUAGGUCUGAUCACUACAGAAUUACUAGAAAAAGGAGUUGAUUUGAUAAGGCUUUAUGAGAUGUGUAGUGAUUUUAGGAGAGAACUGAAGGAAUUUGGUGAUGUAUAUCCAGGCCGUGUAGAACUGUUCACCAAAGACAUAUUCCAUUUGUAUCGUUACGCAUUUAUAGACAAGCAAGAUAAUGGAAAUAGGGUAGAAGCUCUUCUUCAAGGAGUUUCAAAAAGGAAUUGGUCUGAUGAACCAGUAAUGACGAUAAUUGGUACAAUGUGUAAUUUAUAUUUUCUCAAAUAUCUCAUAAAAUCUUUAGUACUGCAGACAGGGCCAACAUUAUAUGGUAGAAUAAAGUUGUUUGCUUUAAUGAGGCCUAGAGAUUAUGCAGUUUUGUCAGCUACUCCUAAAGAUAAUCGGGUUGCCUAUUCAGCAUGGGCAGUAUUAUUCAAUUUGUUUUUAGAUUAUGAUGUGCUAUAUGAAUUUCCACGCAAAAUGUUCUUUCCAUGGGAUUCAAAGUUAAAAAAGACUUCUUAUCCAAAUAAUUAUGAGGUAGAUAAAAUGUACUUGGUUCACAUCAACUUCAAAAACGAAUUACCUGUGCCAAUAAAUCAGUUGCUACCAUUAUAUUAUUUCAUAAAGCAGUUUUAUGGAAGGGGCACUCCACAAAUAAUACCAACUGUAGAGAAGUGGGUACCUGAUUCUGGCUUGAAUGUGCUGCUUCCAAAAACGAAGCACUUUGAUUACUACUGUCCUAUGGGAAUUUUCACAACAUUCAGAGAACUGAAACCCCAUCAGAUAUUGUUUGUGUUUAAGGAAAUGGUAAACCACCCAGCAUACCCAGGUAGCCCCUUCAGAGAUAUGGUAGAAAAUGAAAUGGCAAAGUCAGAAACAAUUGAAACAUGUUUGGCUGAAGCUACAUUUGAAAAAACUGUACGUGGCGAUCUUAAAGAAAAACUAAAUAAUGAUUGAUGUAAAUAUAUUUAAUAAAACUAAGACUAACAAUUAUUUUUCUCCUACAGUUUGAAUGGUAUUGUUGUUUCAUCAAAGUACUUGUUAUAUUUUUUCCAUUCGUACCGCUUCUUGGGAUCUUUAUUGCUGUAUGCAGGAGUCAAGUUGGGCAUCAGACCUGAAAAAUAUUAUAUUAAUUAUUGGACUACAUUCAACAUUGUUAGAAAGCAGUCGCUAAAAGUAAUUUUGUAAAAGUGACUAUUUUUGAGCUAGCGGUGAAAAUGAAAAAUUAAUAAGUAACUGAUAUGUGAUAGUCUGGUAUUGUUUGGCCUUUCUAUAGCCUCAGAAGUGCCAUUCAGAUUUUGGUCAAAUAUACUAGAGACAAGAAUACUGCUAGUAAUAACCAAAAAACUUAGAAUGUGUACAUUAUCAGUAUGCAAGGACGAAAAGAUUUAACUUUUGGUAUUCUGCCAAAGGAAGGAAUAACACAGCAGUUAUACAGGGUGGCCGAUAUGUAACUG